CUCCACCCUUGUAUAGACAUACCUACCACCUGCCCCCACGCUAGGCCUGAGGCCAUUUUGUCACCUAGUCCAGUCGCGUACACCACCACCACCUCUCAUUGCCGUUCCUACUCUCGCUGUUGCUGCCGUUGCUUGCUGUUACGGCUUUGGCCAAUGUUGCCGAUGCUUCCUCCCAUUCAUUUCUCGUUUUUCUGUUUCUCCUUGCCUGUUCUAAACAGACAAGCGAUAGGGGGGUCGGGUCCAGAGAGAUGAACUGGCCAACUUCUUUAGCUCUCUUGGUCUUGCUUAAUGUGUACGCAAUGGCCCCUGUUUCUCUUUCUUCAUCUGUUUACUCAAUGGGUCUGGUCUGGCGAAGUCAAGCAGUUACCUUCGACUGCAAGGUCAGAUCGAGCACCAUUGCGCCCUUGACAACAGGACGCCGUACAUCUGUGUAUGAGGUGCCCGAUCCAGGAGAAAGACUAUGAGCCGGUCCAUGCGGG